CUACUACUUAAUAAAACGCUGCCGUUCUACUUCACUUCUUCUCUUCAUUGCUUCAAUACGACUCCGUCUCUUCUGCACGGCACCGUUUCUGCUUCUUCUUCUUUUCCUGCUGCAAUAAGGAUUGCAGCCUUCUUCUUCUUUCCUCCUUUGUUCUUCAACAACAGCAGCAGGCUUCCAGUAAACAUUCCAGCUCUGUCA